AUGCUGUCCUCAAAGGCGUUGCGAUUGCAUACUCCUGCUCCAUUACUCAUUUCCCGAGAAUCAACACAAGAUGUCAAACUCAUGGGGUACGACAUUUCAGCAGGUACACAAGUGAUUAUUAAUGCAUGGGCGAUAGGAAGAGAUCCUUCACAGUGGGAAGAACCCGAGACGUUUUGUCCAGAGAGGUUUUUGAACAAUUCUAUCGACUAUAGAGGGCAUAAUUUUGAGUAUAUUCCAUUUGGUGCUAGAAGGAGAGGGUGUCCUGGUAUUCACUUUGCGAUUGUUGUUAACGAACUUGCUUUAGCUAAUUUGGUGUAUAAAUACGACUUUGCAUUGCCAGAAGAGGUGAAAGGGGAAGAACUUGACAUGACUGAGAUCACUGGCCUUGUACUUCGUAGGAAGUCCCCUUUAUUGGUUGUGGCAACUCCUCGUUUCGAUUAGAUGCAAAUAUCUAGUAA